AUGAAGAAAGCAAUUCACAUUGAUUCUCCAAUUCCGUUCUCUUCCUCAUUGUUUGAUAAUUCGAUCAGUCUCUAUGGUUCUUGUGAUGGCUUGAUAUUAUGUGUAACUUAUCCACCCCGUAUUCUUCUUCUAUUGAAUCCUUCAACCAGAGAGCAAAUUACAUUACCACACUCACCAUUCCACGACACUACAUAUCAUGUUUCAUAUGGAUUUGGGUAUAAUGCGUCCACUGAUGACUACAACAUUGUGGCAAUCUCAUGCACUUAUGCAUACAUAAUAGUAUCUGUAUGUGUAUAUACACAAAAAACAAAUUCUUGGAGAAUCAUUCGAGAUUCCCCUCUUAGUAUGGUGUCAGAUGCUCCGGGGACACUUUUCAAUGGAGUUCUCCACUGGUUUGCAUAUGAAAAUAUGUCUACGGUAAUUGCUUUUCAUUUAUGGGAGGAGAAAUUUCAAAAUUUUCCCCUACCUUGUUUUGAAGCACCAUCUAUACCUCGCUUCAUUGGAGUUCUCAGAGGAUGUCUUUGUAUCACGGUGGGUGAACCAGAUACGAAUUCCACUGAAUUUUGGGUGAUGAAGGAAUACGGCAAGAGAGAGUCCUGGACCAAAGUUGCAACAUGUCCACAUUAUCUAACGAAGCCUUUGAAUUUCACAAACAAUGAUGAAAUUCAGUUUCUGAUGGAUGAGACUACUCCUUUACGUUCAUACAACCUAAAAAAUAAUAAAUAUGGGUCUCGAAUGAUUCCCUAUGCUUAUGGAAGUCUUGAGUUACUUCAAUAUCUUGAAGCAGAGAUUUGUCUGGAGAGCAUUGUUUCACCCAAUCGUCAUUGUUUCACCCCAAUCGUCAUAGAUGAUUAA